AUGCCAGAAGAUUCUAUGCACAUGAAGAUUCGAGAUUUCUCAAGCACCAUCUUUCAAUACUUCAUCAAAUACAAGUCUACUUCUAUCGCCAUAAUCACGCCUUCUAACUCCAAUGCGCAGCCCAACUAUCCGUAUUUCACAGUCGACCAUCCCAUGAAGAGUAUAGAACCGGCCAGCUUUGCUUUAUGUGCAUGCUCGCAUGCAGAUUCGGUUCUCGAAUAG